CCUGGCGGCGCGGCCCGGCCCGGCCUCGCGGGGCGCCUGCUCCCGCCCCGCCCUCACGUGACAGGCGAAGUCCGGCUAGGCAACAUGGCUGCGGCUGCGGGGCCCUCCUUUUGGCUGGGAAAUGAGACCUUGAAAGUGCCUGCAGCACUUUUUGCCUUGAACAGAAGACGCCUGUGUGAUCGCCUGAAACAGAACAAGGAUGUCCAGGCAAAUUCUGUUGUUCUGCUGCAAGGUGGGGAAGAAACCCAGAGGUACUGCACUGAUACUGGUGUUGUGUUUCGCCAGGAAUCUUACUUUCACUGGACUUUUGGAGUGACUGAAGCAGGCUGCUUUGGAGCAGUUGAUGUUGAUACUGGAAGAUCCAUACUCUUUGUUCCACAACUUCCUGAAAGCUACGCAAUUUGGAUGGGAAAGAUUCACCCCCCUGAAUACUUCAAGAAGAAAUAUGCUGUGGAUGAAGUUCACUAUGUAACAAAGAUAUCCAGUGUCUUGGCUUCAAAGAAACCUUCUACCCUUCUUACUUUGCGCGGUGUUAAUACUGAUAGUGGAAAUGUCUCCAAAGAAGCUUCAUUUGAGGGAAUCAGCCAAUUUAACGUGAACAACAAAAUCCUUCACCCUGAAAUUGCAGAAUGUCGUGUGAUUAAGACAGACAUGGAGUUGGAAGUUCUGCGCUACACCAAUAAAAUCUCCAGUGAAGCUCAUAAAGAGGUAAUGAAGGCAGUAAAAGCAGGUAUGAAAGAAUAUGAGAUGGAGAGCCUUUUUCAGCACUACUGCUAUGCUCGAGGCGGGAUGCGCCAUACUUCCUACACUUGCAUCUGUGGCAGUGGGGAGAACUCCUCUGUUUUACACUAUGGGCAUGCUGGAGCCCCGAAUGAUAAGACUAUUGAAGAUGGAGACUUGUGCCUGUUUGACAUGGGAGGUGAAUACUACUGCUACGGUUCUGACAUCACCUGCACCUUCCCGGCGAACGGAAAGUUCACGCCUGACCAGCGGGCUAUCUAUGAGGCAGUGCUGAAGUCAUCACGUGCUGUCAUGAAAGCGGUCAAGCCAGGGGUCGCCUGGCCUGAUAUGCACCGUCUGGCUGACAGAGUCCAUCUGGAGGAGCUGACGAAAAUUGGCAUUCUGAAAGGCAGUGUAGAUGACAUGGUGAAGGUUCAUCUGGGGGCAAUAUUUAUGCCACACGGACUUGGACACCUACUUGGAAUUGACGUGCACGACGUUGGAGGCUACCCAGAGGGGGUUGAGCGCAUUGACCUGCCGGGGCUCAGGAGCCUGCGAACAGCCCGGAUACUGGAGGCAGGCAUGGUGCUCACUAUCGAACCGGGCAUCUACUUCAUCAACCACCUCUUGGACCAGGCCCUCUGCGACCCUGUGCAGUCCUGUUUCAUCAACAACGACAUCCUGCAACGCUUUAGAGGAUUUGGUGGGGUCCGAAUCGAGGAUGACAUUGCAGUGACGGCCACGGGAAUGGAGCUGCUGACGUGCGUCCCACGUACCGUUGAAGAAAUAGAGGCUUUUAUGGCAGAAGGCCAGAGCAGUGCCAAGUCAUUUGACUGCUCACCCAGCCAAAAGCAGUAAAUGUCAGGAUGGUACUUACUGUCUCACGCUAAUCAGUCAUCGUUUUGAUUUAACAUUGCAGCAUAUAAAAUAAAGUGUAUCCAAUUCUUAAUAGCAGGAGAAGCAGGCUGGCUAUUAGCUGGAAUGAUUCAUUCACUAAAAAUGGAAGUAGGAGGCUUUGGCACUGGAUAUCCAGGUAACUCAAAUGUUGCUACUUUGCUUACAUUAUGAAGUGCCAGCUAAAUAACCCUGCUGCUUUAUCAGCAGGGCUUAUACUCCUUCCAGCGAAGGAGUAUUCCUGUGAUACUGAACUCAUCUUUCUUCCAAUAAAAUCUAAAUUUUGAUGAUAAGGACUAUUUAAAAUACCAAAUGGAUUAUCUGAAUGCUGUCAACAGUUGUAACGAUCUAAGAAGUCCUUUUUCUAAACUUCAGCACAGAUAGCACAAAAAAGAAAGUAAGAAUCUCAUCUAUUCUCAGUGGACGUCAUGACACAUAUCUUUCUCAUGAAUCUUAUUUCAGUUUGAUGGAGUAAGCAGAAUCAGGUUUUUAUUAAAAUUUAUCCUUGGCA